CAUCUUUAUCACUAACGCCUAUCGUUAGCCGUCUUUCCAAGAAGAGUGACAAGAGAGAGAGACACGAAAGAAAUGCCUUCCUCUCUUCAACUCCACAGAAUCAAGACAGCCAACUCCGCCACCGCCACCGCCACCGCCACCACCACAGCUGCCAUAGACUGUUACAAACAGUGUCAAACCACAUGGCGCGUCCCUCUCUCCAUUACUGUACCUGACAACAUCUCACGCGACCACACCCACGCCGUCGGACCCAACCAGUGCUGCUCCGCGGUGGUACGGACCAUCUCCGCCCCAAUAUCGGCCGUGUGGUCCGUCGUCCGCCGUUUCGACAACCCCCAGGCCUACAAGCACUUCCUCAAGAGCUGCGACGUCAUCGUUGGCAACGGCAACGUCGGCACUCUCAGGGAAGUCCGCGUGGUGUCCGGACUUCCGGCGGCUUCGAGCACCGAACUUCUCGAAAUCCUCGACGACGAGAGGCAUGUUAUGAGCUUCAAGAUCGUCGGCGGCGAUCACCGGCUCAACAAUUACCGGUCUGUGACCACUCUACACUCGUCGCCGAGUGGUAAUGGGACAGUUGUGGUUGAAUCAUAUGUAGUUGAUGUACCGGUGGGCAACACGAAGGAAGAGACGAUGGUGUUCGUUGACACAAUUGUCCGGUGCAACUUGCAGUCAUUGGCUCAAAUCGCCAAGAAUUUGGCAAAAAUUAACCCUAAAUCAUCGUGAAUUAUGUGGGUAAUUUUUUCAUAGCUCUGAUUUUUUUUUUUUUGGUGAUGUCCCAUUGUGGGUCAGAUCGUUUAUGGUUGAUGAUUGACACCCAGAAGUGGAAAAUGGAAAUCCACAGCUACAUAUAUAUAGCUUCCAUGAACUCUCUGAGAUUGCAGUUGUUGAUGGUGAUAUCGCUAUGUACUUAUGGUUUUUUUAUAUAUAUACAUAUGACUGAUUUUGUUCUAUUAAUGUUGCUUUUUCAUGGUA